AGAGCAAGAUGGCAGCGAAAUCCGACGGUCUGGGGGUCGUCGCCGGUUUCGCCCAGCUGCACAACCUGGACGAAACGGCGGGGAACUGCGAGGAGGAACCCGGGGAGGGCAGCUCGUUCCACAUCUGUCACUGCUGUAACACGUCGUCCUGCUACUGGGGCUGCCGGAGCGCCUGUCUCCACUAUCUGCUGGGCAAGGGGAAGGAGGCGAGGCGGCCGCAGCAGGAGGAGCGCCUGUGGUUGGACUGCCUGUGGAUCGUCCUGGCGCUGCUCGUCUUCUUCUGGGACGUGGGCACGGACCUGUGGCUCGCCGUGGACUACUACUCGAAGCGGGACUACCUGUGGUUCGGACUCACCCUCUUCUUCGUACUUGUCCCCUCCGUGCUGGUGCAGAUCUUGAGCUUCAGGUGGUUCGUGCAGGAUUACACCGGGGGAGGUCUGGGGGCGGUCGAGGGGCUCAGCAGCCGGAGAGCCGCGGCGGGUCUCACCGCCGGCGCCCCGGGGAGGAACAGGUGCUGCCGGAUCUCCGUGUGGAUCUGGCAGUCGCUCAUACACAUCCUGCAGAUGGGACAAGUGUGGAGGUACAUCCGCACCAUGUACCUGGGCAUCCAGAGCCGGCGGCGGAAGGAGCACCAGCGCCGAUUCUACUGGGCCAUGAUGUACGAGUAUGCAGACGUCAACAUGCUACGCCUCCUGGAGACCUUCCUGGAGAGCGCCCCCCAGCUGGUGCUACAGCUCUGCAUAAUGAUCCAGAAGAACCGCGCCGAGACACUACAGUGCGUCUCGUCUGUGGCCUCGCUGCUGUCCUUGGCCUGGGUGCUAGCCUCCUACCACAAGCUCCUGCGGGACUCCCGCGAUGACACAAAGAGCAUGAGCUACCGAGGGGCCCUGAUCCACAUCUUCUGGCGGCUCCUCACCAUUUCCUCCCGGGUGCUGUCCUUUGCUCUCUUUGCCUCCAUCUUCCACAUCUACUUUGGCAUCUUUGUGGUGGUGCACUGGUGUGCUAUGGCCUUCUGGAUCAUUCACGGGGGCACUGACUUCUGCAUGUCCAAGUGGGAGGAGGUGCUCUUCAACAUGGUGGUGGGCAUUGUCUACAUCUUCUGCUGGUUCAACGUCAAGGAGGGCCGGACCCGAUACCGCAUGGUGGCCUACUACUUUGUGGUGCUGGCUGAGAACACUGUCUUGACCUUACUGUGGUACAUCUACAGGGACCCCGCCACCACCGACGCCUACGCCGUGUCUGCCCUCUGUGGUGUCUUCCUGAGCUUUGUCUCGGGCUUGUUUUUCAUGUUCUUCUACUACGGGGUCCUGCAUCCCAUGGGUCCCCGGGUCAGGCUGUUGGCCAGCUCUUGCUGCGCCGAGCUCCUGUGGGGUCUCCCCCUGCCCCCUGAAGCCGAGCCCAUGGCACCCACUCCGGGUCCACGGGGCUCCCAGGCCACGCCUACCCGGGGCUCCACAGGGGACUACACCCAGCCAGAGGAUCUGUCUGCAGACACCUGCCUGCCCGUGUUCCAGGUGAGGUCCCCUGCGCCCACGACGCCCUCUGGCCGGCCGUACCACCCCGAGGGCCCCCUCAUCAAGAUCGACAUGCCCAGGAAGCGCUACCCAGCCUGGGAUGCUCACUUUGUGGACCGGCGCCUGAGGAGGACUAUCAACAUCCUGCAGUACAUAACUCCGACAGCUGUUGGGAUCCGCUACAGGGACGGGCCCCUCCUCUACGAGCUCCUCCAGUACGAGUCAUCCCUCUGAUGGCUCGCCUGCACUCUUCCUCUUCUCUCUCCUUCUCUUUACCUCUCCGCAUCGCUCC